AGUGAGAAUGCCGUUUCAGCAUCCCGAUGCACGUAUGGGACUCAACAACUUCAUCCUCUGCUUUUCCUUGUCUCUCGGAUUUUAAAAUCGGUGGAGUGUAAAAAAAACAUUCUGCCCACGCUUCGGGCUGGAGACGAAACGGACUCGUUUAUCAUGGCAUUUUAUAGACUUUUAGUCGUUGUAGUUUCUCUCACGUGUAACUUGUCCGUUGAGGGACAAGACAGUUACGGAUUAUCGUAUGCAUUAAGAUCUGAACUGUCGGAGGAUGCUAUUCUGGUGGCCAACAACGGAAUUCGCGUGCCUUUUGGGAGAUCAGUCUACAUUGAUCCCAUCAAUGAUCUGGUAGUUGACGUUCAGCCGGACGACAGGUGCAGCAUAACAGUCCUAGACAAUGAUCCCCUCUCUCAAAGACCCGGACAUCUUUCGCCAAAGAAGUUUCCCUGUGAAUUUGGUCCCAAUGAUGUCAGGUACUUUCAUUACGGUUCGAGGAGUCCUGUCAGAGACAGAGUGAGACUGCAACUCAGGUAUGACACGCAGAGCGACACGAUCAUCAUACCGUUUAUGAUGGAGGUGGAGGUAGUUUUUACACAGUUAGAAGUAAUUACCAAAAACAUGCCACUCACCGUCGAUAGCUUUAAUGGUGUCAGCAAUCCUGUCGACAACAAAAUAUUGGACUUUACCUUUGACAGAGAUUCAGAGCAAUGCGAGGUCACCUCUCUAGCCAGCAGCAGCGCACUACCCAGAUAUGGCAAAGUUGUAGAUGAUGAAGAUAAACUGGGGAAAAUGAUGGACUGCGAUGAAUUCCUUACAUCAGACAUUCGUUAUCAGCACACGUUUAGUAACAAGUCGCCCAACAAAGACUAUAUCCCCAUGGUAGUUGAACUAUAUAAUAAAGAGGGGAAUCUGCUGAAACAGGAAUUUUUCCAUGUUAUGGUGCGCAUUCAAGUGGGAAAGGAAAACACACCUCCGAAACCCAGCUUUGUUUCAAUGAUGAUGAUGGAAGUUGAUCAGUUUGUCAUGACGGCUAUAACUCCUGACAUGCUUUCAGCAGACGAUAUAGAGUCAAGUCCAGAGGAACUCAUUUUCAACAUCACCUCUCCUCUUUCCAUUGAAGAAGGCUAUAUUGUGAGUACAGAUGACAGGAACUUGCCAAUUACUGCUUUUUAUCAGAGGGACCUUUUUGAUUUAAAAAUCGCGUACAAGCCACCUUCUCUUGACUCAGAUACAGAGAGGAUCUUCCAGAUUGAAUUUGAGGUGCUGGACACUGACGGUGGCGUUUCAGACCCCUUUGCUUUCAUGAUUGUUGUGAAACCCAUGAACACUCUUGCCCCGGUCGUAACCAAAAACACAGGCCAGCUUUUGUACGAGGGUCAAUCCAGAUCACUAGUCACAUCGCACAACUUAGAAAUCAGUGACGAGGACAACUUGGACAGAGUUAAAUUGAGUGUCAUUGAUGGUCUCCGACAUGGUGAGCUCACUGUGCUUGGUUCCCGUAGAAAGCAUUUCACCCCAGAAGAGCUAGAUGCAGGCGUGGUUGUCUAUCAGCAUGAUGGCAGUGACACCUACAGCGAUAACAUCAUUUUCAGAAUGACAGAUGAUAAGAAUGAAGUUGAGUUCCUGUUUCCAAUCACCAUUGUACCAAUGGAUGACGAGGCUCCCAUAGUCAAUGCUAAUACAGGACUGGUGUUGUUCAAGCAUCAGAUGGUGCCAAUCUCCCCUCUAAUGCUAAGUGCAGCUGAUGUGGACUCUGAAGACUCCACCAUUAAGUUCACCAUUCAGCCUCCAUUCUCAACUAUUGGCGAGGUGCUACUGAGACAGUCCGAAGCCCCAGAAGACCCCUCUUCGUGGAAGUUUAACUCACAGGAUGAGGUCUAUGAAAAGGUGGUGUCUGAGUGGCAACAGAAAGACAUCACAGACGGAACACUUUUCUAUCGUCACACCGGUCCCCAUAGUACCGAGACGGUCACUGAUCAGUUUAUAUUUACAGUUGAAGAUGACAAUGACCCUCCCAAUCAGUCUGGAGACAAUACUUUCGUCAUCAGAGUCCUGCCCAUUGAUGACAUCCCACCUGUGCUGUUCCCAGGAACCAGCCUACAGAUGGUCGUGCACGAGUACCAGCUCACUCACUUUAGCAAAAAUGUCCUCCGUUACACAGACCUUGAUUCCGAUGAUCGCGACCUGAAAUACACCGUCAUCGCGCCACCAGCAGACACAGAUGAGAACAACCCGUUGGUGUUUGGGUCUAUCGUUUUAACCGACAGCCCAGACACAGAGAUUGAUGACUUCACACAGGCACAAAUCAACCAUCACAAAAUUUCAUUUAGCCCCCCAGAUAUAGAACUUGGAAUCAUUCCACACGUGGUCCAGUUUCAUUACACGGUAGAAGACGCAGCUGGAAAUAGUGUGAAGGGAGUCUUUACCAUACACGUGCAACCGGUUAACAAUAAACCACCAGAGAUCGUAAACACUGGCUUCACUGUGCUUGAACAUGGAACACAUGUUAUCAAAAAUGUUGAGCUCGAUGCCAAUGACCUUGACACAGAGAAUACAGACCUGACUUUUACUGCAACUGCUCUUCCUCAGCAUGGCAAACUCCAGCUCAAAAGUGGUGAUCUAAGCAAAGGUGAUACUUUCAGAUUGACGGAUGUCUGGGAUGGCUCACUCUUAUAUGUACACAACGGGGAUGAGAUCAAUGGUGAUUCAUUUCAGUUGGAGGUCACCGAUGGCAUCCAUUUGGUCCCGAUCACUGUGAAAGUUGUGGUGAAGCUCAUCGAUGACGAGGCACCCAAAAUCAGCAUGCAAGCCGGGACGAUCGGCUCCACCAUGGAAGUCCUAGAGAAUGGUGCCACAGAGAUCACAUCCAGUGUGAUCCAGGGGGAAGAUGAUGACACUGAUAACCUCAUGUUGACCUUUAUCUUGGAGGACGCCCCAGUUCUUGGGGAGAUCUUGGUAAACGGGGCACCUGCAAGCAAGUUCACCCAAGCCGACGUCAUCAACGGGCUGGUCGUGUAUGCUCACACAAGCGGAGAGGUUGGCUUCAUCACCAAAGAGGAUGCCUUCAACCUGACCCUCUCAGAUAUGUCUGACGAAUGGACUGUGGGCGGAAACAAAGUGAAUGGAGUGCGGGUUCUCGUCACUAUCCUCCCUGUUGACAGCAAACCCCCGGAGAUCACGGUUAGACCCCCGUUCAGUGUCUUAGAGGGAGAAAAAACCUCUAUUGGUAGUGACCAUAUAAGCGCUGAAGAUCCAGACACGCCUCUUGAUGACAUCCUGUGCACAAUCGUUGUCCAGCCAUCCUCAGGUUACAUAGAGAACAUAUCCCCUGCUCCAGGUUCAGAGAAGUCCAGAUCAGGCACAGCUGUUAGCGCUUUCACUAUGAAAGACAUUAAGGACGGAAACGUCUACUAUGUACAGAGCAUACACAAAACAGUGGAGCCGGUGGAGGACAGGUUUACUUUCAGAUGUUCAGAUGGUAUCAACUUCUCAGAGAGGCUUUUCUUCCCCAUUGUGAUCAUUCCGACCAAUGAUGAGAAGCCUGAAAUUUUUGCCAGAGAGUUUCUAGUGAUGGAGGGAAUGAACAUUGUUAUCGACACUCCAAUCCUGAACGGAGCUGAUGCCGAUAUUCCUGCAGAAGAAUUAACCUUCAUCAUCACCAAGCCUCCCAAGCAUGGCUCCAUCCUAAAUCAGCUGGCGACUGGCUCCAUCCCAGUCACAAACUUCACACUGGAGCAGAUCAAGGAAGCGUCGAGUGUCAUCUAUGAGCACGACGACUCUGAGACCACAGAGGAUAGCUUCGAUGUGAUCCUCACCGACGGAAAGCACAAAGUGGAGGGCACCAUUAAGAUUGUGAUCAUCGCUGUGGACGACGAGACACCCAGAAUGCUCAUAAACGACGGACUGGAGGUGGAGGUGGGAGAAACCAAGGAAAUCACAGCCAAAUUGUUGAAGGCUACUGAUCUAGAUUCAGAAGACAGCACGCUCACGUUCGUUGUGCGAUAUGGGCCGAGUCAAGGACUACUGCAGAGGACCACUCCACAGGGAGUUCUGGAGAACAUCACAGUUGGCAUGAACUUCACCCAGGCAGAAGUGGAUCAGGGAUUCAUUUUGUAUGAACACAAUGGCCAAGAGGGCGUCCGCGACCUCCUCAAGUUUGACGUGACAGAUGGCCCUAACGCACUCAUCGACAGAUACUUCUACAUCACAGUGAGCAGCAUUGACAUGGUCUUCCCUGAUGUGGUCAGCAAAGGUGUGUCUUUGAAAGAAGGAGGCCGAGUGACACUGACCACUGACCUGCUCAGCACCAGUGACCUGAAUAGCCCAGACGAACAUCUGGUCUUCACCAUCACCAGAGCCCCAGUCAGGGGACACUUGGAGUGCACCGACUCGCCCGGCAUCCCCAUCGCCUCCUUCACGCAGCUAGAGCUGGCUGGGAGCAAGGUCUACUACAUCCACACCGCUGACGACGAAGUGAAAAUGGACAGCUUUGAGUUUGAGGCCACCGACGGCUACAACCCAGUGUUUCGUACCUUCCGUGUAGCCAUUGUGGACGUGGACAACAAGAAGCCCGUCCUGACUCUCCACGAUUUGUUGGCAACAGAAGGCCAGAGCAAGCUCAUCACACCGUUUGAGCUGACGGUGGAGGAUCAAGACACACCUGAACGCCUCCUGAAGUUCACAAUCACCCAGUUGCCCAUUCAUGGCAAAUUGCUCUUCAACAACAGCAAGCCUAUCGCCUCCUUCACCAAACAGGACCUGAACGAGAACAUGAUCAGCUACAAGCACGACGGCACAGACUCCGAAGAGGACAGCUUCUCCUUCACCAUCACAGACGGCACUCACAACGACUUCUUUGUCUUCCCUGACACAGUGUUUGAGACGCGCAAGCCUCAGACCAUGAAGAUCACCAUCGUGUCAGUAGACAACGGGGCUCCUCAGAUUGUGUUGAAUAAAGGUGCCACGACUUUGAAGAUGUUGUCUACAGGUCACCUGGGCUUCCCGAUUACCAGCAAGUCCCUGAGGGCCGAGGACAGAGACAGCCCUGCGGCCGCCCUGUUGUUCCGCGUGACCGGUCAACCAGAGCAUGGCUACCUCAUCCACCUGGGCAAGGGGAACGACUCCAUCUCCACCUUCUCUCAAGCUGACAUCGAUGACCAGAAGAUCAGUUACGUGCUGAAGGACAAUGAUAAUGCAACAAGCGACUUGUUUCACUUCUCCGUCGAGGACAACGGAGGAAACAGCCUGAAGAGCCAGCAGUUCCGCCUGAACUGGGCCUGGAUCUCCCUGGAAAGGGAGAGCUAUGUGGUGGACGAGGAGGACAAGUUCCUGGAAGUGGUCCUCACCAGACGAGGCUACCUGGGAGAAACCUCAUUUGUUGGCAUUGGCACGCUCGACGGCACGGCCGAGAAGGACAAGGAUUUCAAAGGCAAGUCGCAGAAGCAAGUGCAGUUCAACCCGGGCCAGGCCCACGCCGCCUGGAAGGUCCGCGUCUUCUCCGACGGCAAGUACGAGCAGUCGGAGACGUUCCAGAUCACCCUCUCGGAGCCGGUCAUGGGCGCCCUGGAGUUCCCGACGAAGGCGGCCGUGGAGGUCGUUGACCCGGGUGAUGAGUCCACCGUUUUCAUCCCCCGGGCCAGCUUUGGCAUCGAUGAGAACAUCGGCGAGCUGCUCAUCCCGGUGCACCGCAGUGGUGAUGUCAGCGAGGAGCUCAUGGUGGUCUGCCACACACUGCAAGGCACUGCCAAAGGAACAGUCCCCAGCUCCGUGCUGUCCUUCUCUGACUACAUCUCUCGGCCCGAGGACCCCAGCAGCCUGCUGCACUUCGACAAGGACGAGACGGAGAAGCUCUGCCGCGUGGUGGUCAUCGACGACUCGCUCUACGAGGGCGAGGAGAGCUUUAAUGUCACCCUCAGCCUGCCCGUGGGCGGCCGCCUGGGCACCGAGUUCUCCACCGCCCGUGUCACCAUUCUACCCGAUAGCGAUGACGCUCCCGUGUUCUAUUUCGGGGAGAUGGAGUAUUCCGUGGAUGAAAGUGCUGGCUAUGUGGAAGUGCGAGUCUGGAGGACAGGAACAGACCUUUCCAAAGCUGCUGCGGUUACUGUCCGGUCGCGCAAGACUGACCCCGUUUCUGCAGAAGCUGGUCAGGACUAUGUGGGCAUCAGCCAGAACAUGGACUUUGCACCUGGGGUCAACAUGCAGACGUUCCGGGUCACCAUCCUGGACGACCUGGGCAAGCCGGCGCUGGAGGGCACCGAGAAGUUUGAGCUGGUUCUGCGUCUGCCGUCCAACGGUGUCAUAGGAGAGCCUGGCAGGGCCACGGUGUCCAUAAAUGAUUCUGUGUCAGACUUGCCGAAGAUGCAGUUCCGACAGGCGGUGUACUCCGGCGAGGAGGGCGAGGGCUCCAUCUCAGCCGUGGUGAAGCGCGGCGGAGACUUGAGCUUCACCUCCACCGUGCGCUGCUACACCCGCCAGGGCUCGGCGGAGGUGAUGGACGACUUUCAGGAGAGACCCAACACCGACGGCUCCAUCAUCACCUUCCUGCCAGGUGAGUCAGAGAAGCCAUGCGUGCUGAAGCUGGUGGAUGAUCUGAUCUUUGAGGAAGAGGAGGAGCUGAGACUGCGGCUGGGCACGCCGAAGAGCAACUCUCCUUUCGGAGCUAGCGUUGGGCCUCAGGAGGAGACCCUCGUGAAGAUACAGGACACGGCCGACAAGCCCAUCAUCAGGCUGGGGGAGAUCAAGUUCAGCGUGAACGAGCCCAAGGAGGCAGGUCAGGUGACGGUGGUCAAAAUCCCCGUGCUCCGAGUCGGCGACACCUCCAAGGUUUCCGUGGUGAGAGUCCACACCAAAGACGGGUCGGCCACGUCCGGGGAGGACUACCAUCCCAUCUCAGAAGAUGUUGAGUUCAAACAGGGCGACAGGGAGCACCUUGUGGAGGUGGAGGUGCUGUACGACGGCGUGAGGGAGAUGAGGGAGGCCUUCACCGUCCACCUGAAGCCCGACGAGAACAUGGUGGCGGAGAUUCAGACGACCAAGGCCAUCGUGUACAUCGAGGAGACGAACAGCAUGGCGGACGUCACCUUCCCCUCUCUCCCUCGCGUGGCGUCUCUGCUCCACUACGACGGCGUCAGAACCAAGAGAGACGUCGGGUCCAAGGAGAACCUCAAGCCUCCAGCUGGCUACCCUGUCAUCUGUGUCACGGCUUGCAACCCCAGAUUCCCCGACUUCGACAAGACGGGUUCCAUCUGCGUGAGCGAGAGCAUCAACGACACUCUGACGCGCUACCGCUGGCUCAUCAGCGCCCCCGCCGGGCCGGACGGCGUCACCAGUCCCAUGCGCGAGGCCGACUUCGACACCUUCUUCACCUCGUCCAAGAUGAUCACGCUGGACUCCGUCUACUUCCAGGCCGGCUCACGGGUGCAGUGCGCAGCCCGCGCCGUCAACUCCAACGGGGACGAGGGCCUGGAGCUCAGCAGUCCCAUCAUCACCGUCAGCCAAGAGGAAGGCAUGUGCCACCCUCGCAAAGUGGGCACAGUGGGCGCCGAGCCAUUCUCUGCCAAGCUGCGCUACACGGGCGCGGACGACCCCGAGCACGCCAACCUGAUCAAGCUGACUGUCACCAUGCCCCACAUUGAUGGUAUGCUGCCUGUGAUCUCCACGCGUCCUCUGUCCAACUUCGAGCUGACUCUGAGCCCCGACGGCACGCGCGUGGGCAACCACCGCUGCUCCAACCUGCUGGACUACAACGAGGUGAGCACGCGCUACGGCUUCGUCACCGAGGCCACCCGCAACCCGGAGAGCAUCGGCGAGAUCUCGCCGUACCAGUACAGCGCCCCCCUCAGGAGCAACAGCACACUGCGCUUCUACAGGAACCUCAACCUGGAGGCCUGCCUGUGGGAGUUCGUCAGCUACUACGACAUGUCCGAGCUGCUCACCGACUGCGGAGGGUCCAUUGGCACGGACGGACAGGUGCUGAACCUGGUCCAGUCCUACGUGACGCUCCGCGUGCCCCUCCACGUCUCCUACGUCUUCCACUCGCCCGUGGGCAUCGGCGGCUGGCAGCACUUCGACCUGCAGUCGGAGCUGCGGCUCACCUUCACCUACGACACGGCCAUCCUGUGGCAGGACGGCAUCGGCAGCCCCCCGCAGGCGGAGGUGCAGGGUGCCUUGUACCCGACCAGCAUGAGGAUUAAUGAGCAGGGACGCCUGGUGGUCAACUUCCGCACGGAGGCCCGCUUCAGGGGCCUGUUUGUGGCGUCCCACCCGGGUGAGGACAGACAGCAGUUUGCCUGCUUGCAUGCCAAUUCUAUGGUCAUGAGUAUGAACCACCCCGGACUGACCUUUAACCUGACCCUGGUGCGGACUGAGCCCACCUAUCACCAGCCAGUGCAGCAGUGGACCUUCAUCUCUGACUUUGCAGUACGCGACUACUCCGGCACGUUCACUGUGAAGCUGAUCCCCUGUACAGCUGCCAUGAAUGUGGAGUAUUCUGUUCCCCCUGUCUGCAACCCCAGGGAACCCAUCACCUUUGACAUGGACAUUCGCUUCCAGCAGGUGAGUGACCCCGUGGCUGUGGAGUUCAGUCUGAACACGCAGAUGAUCCUGCUGUCCAAGAGGUCCCUCUGGCUGUCGGACGGCUCCAUGGGCUUCGGUCAGGAGAGCGACGCCGCCUUCUCAGAGGGUGAAACGAUCUAUGGGAGGGUCAUGGUUGACCCUGUGCAGAACCUGGGUGACUCUUUCCACUGCAGCAUUGAGAAAGUGUUUCUGUGCACUGGAGCCGACGGGUACGUGCCCAAGUACAACCCCACCAAGUCUGAGUUUGGAUGCCUGGCAGACUCCCCAACCCUCCUCUACAGAUUCAAGAUCAUUGAUAAAGCCCAGCCCGAUACCCAGGCCAGGUCGUUUGGAGACGUGCCCUUCAACGCCCUCUUGGCAGUGGAUGACCCCUCAGCACUGACCCUGGUCAAACAGCCAGGCUCCGAUGGCUUCAGGGUGGACUCGGACGCCAUGUUCCAGGUGGCAGCCGGGAGAGAGUGGUACAUCCACACCAUCUACACCGUGCGCUCCAAAGAGAACACCCACCGUGGCAUCGGCAAAAGGAGCCUGGAGUACCACUCGGUCGUGUCGGGCGACAACCCGCCGGCUCUGCACUCCCGCUCCAGGAGGGACGCCGGCGAGGUGCCCGCCCUGGCCGAGAACAUCGGCACCGACAACAACCGGGGCACCAACAUCAUGCACAUCGCCCUGGACCGCAGCCGCCGGCGGGCGAGCAGCGGGGACGAGGCCCUGGAGGACGGCGUGCUGCCCCGCGAGCGGAGCAGCAAGCGCGGGGAGGAGGACGCCGUGACGGUGGUGGGCGCCCUGGUGGGCCUCCUGCUCACCGUGCUGCUGGCGGUGGUGCUGGCGCUCCUGCUGCGCUCCCGUCAGAAAGGGGCCAAGAAGGCGCCCAAGCCCUCGGGCAGCAUGCAGCCGGUGAUGGUGACAGACAAGUCCUACGACAGCACUGACAGUUCAGAGGUGUGACGGACACACGGGACAGAGAGAAAUAAACCCUACAGGGUCUUUUUUUUAUGUGUGUGUGAGCCCCCACUCUUUGAUAUUCUUUUCAUCCCUUGUUCUUUUUGCAAGUGCCUCUCAAAUAGUCACACAUUGUCAGAAAUCUACUGAGUACCACAGUCCAAAAAAAAACUUCUUUGAUAAGUUGCUGAGAGAAAUAUUUUUAAAUUUUUUAAACUGCUCAUCCAUUAUACAAAAGACUUUUUGGUCUGAUCGGAAUGCUGGUGGCAUGUCUUUGUGAUAACAUGCAUAUGGAUUUGAAAAGAAUUCCAAUUGUGUCUGAGAGUAUUGUCAGUGUCAGAGCUUUUAAAAACCAUUGGGGUUUUUUUAGCAGCUAGAAAGUGACAGUCACAAUACAUUAAAACUGUUCCCAUUCUUUCCUAAAGCAUAUUUGUUAAUAUAUGUCUGAGUUGUGUGUCCUUGACGAGCAGAUUAUAUGAAAGUUCAUUUAAUAUUCAGAAUGAUUUCAAAUAAACUCAGUGCAAUUUUCUAAAUGUCUUCUUGUAAAUGGAAUAACACUGGAUGUCUAGGUGUUUCGUGUCCCAAGCAUGACAUUGCAGUCAACUCAGGCUACAGUAUAGAUAUCUGUAGCCAUUUUUAUGUGUCAUUGUGACAUUUGUGAGUUUGCAUAUUCCACUUGUUCCACGUUACCUCCAUCACUUCUGCUGUCCGAUUUCUUCCCUUUCCCCCUAGAGGACACUAUUUCAGAGGAAAUGUUUUGCCACUGAACAUCAAGUGAAAAGAUUAGAGUUUUUGGCUGUGCAGAAAAUAUUUGAAAUUAAGGUGCAUAUACUAUUAUCAGAUUACAUUGUUAUCGGAUUUUAUUUGUCAGACUUUUUGAUUGCACAUUGCGGAUAGCCGAAAGACUUGCAAGCACAAUCAUAUUGGAAUGUAUUAAUGGCUAUAUUUAAAAUAAAACUAUUAAAAAGUAUUUUAGACUUUUAGCUGUAGACAGUCAAACUCAAGGGCAGUAUUAUGUUUGUUCCAAUGCAUAGCACAGGGGAAAAUAAACACUUAUUUCACUUACAAACACAUUUUAAGCUUGCUAUGCAAUGCAAUCUGAAAACACAAAGAUUUCCCUUGCAUCCCUAUUUUGACAUAUUUUAUGAAAUCAUUAUUUUUACUGAGCAGUGUAUUUUUUAUUUUUUGUUAUGGUCUGCACCAGGUUUGUACCUGAUGUUUAAUGUAUGUUUAAAAUAUGUUUAUGUAUGCACAUCUAUUUAUAGAUAAAUAUUGUGUGUUUGAGAAAUGGUCAAGUGUUGAAUUCUUCCAAUGAUCCAUUUUGUAACAAACCACUGAAUCACACCUAUACAUGCUCUUUUAAACGAUUUAAUAAAAUUGUGCUUUUUUUCCUGUG